AUGGUCUCAAAGCUCGUUGUCAUCAUUAUACUUGUGGCUGCAAUAGUUAACAGUAUCACAUGCCGCCAGGUAACCAUCAGUAAUGUCAUUCCUCGUCGAGAUACAGAUGGAAAUAUAAUGGAUGCUCAUGAUGGUAAUGUCUUUCUACAUGAAGGUCUCUACUAUUAUUAUGGUGCAAGUUACGGCUUAUGCAAAGAACCUCCAGGCCCAUCAGGUUGUACCGUAUGGCAUACGGGUGGCUGUGGUUUUCAAUUGAAUCAUAAUGUUAGUCUUUAUACUUCGACUGAUCUUUCCGAGUGGAAAUUUCGUGGAUACGUUUUUCAAAUGUCUUCAAUGAAGACUCAAGGAAUCAUGUUUGGUCCUCGUGUUUUACCGAACCCAAAAACAAAGAAGUGGGUCAUGUGGUUUAAUUUCCUACCAGCUACAGGUACUGGGGUUUCUCAAUCUCAGUGUGCUGUCGCAAUAUCAGACGGACCAGAAGGUCCUUUUCAACUCGUUACUGAAAAGGUUACUACUCUUGCAUGGGAAAAUACAGGCGAUUUGAAUCUCUUUCAAGACGAUAAUGGAGAUGCUUAUAUUAUCUAUAACUCACAUAUUGAUGGUAGUAUUUACAAACCGGAUCACUUGAUGUCUGUGGAGAAACUAUCCAAUGAUUAUCUAAGUUCACUAGGCAUGAAAUUUAAUAGUGGAUUCUUCGGUCAGACCUUUGUCGAAGGUGGCGCCAUGUUUAAACAUAAUGGAACUUACAGUGCAGUAUUUGGUCAGUGUUGUUGUUACUGCGCAGAAGGUGCUUCAACGACUGUGCAUACUUCUUUGUCUCCUCUUGGCCCGUUUGAAACAAGGAAUAACCUAGGAAAUGAAGGUCAUGCACAACUGUACAAUGUAUUACAAUUUAAAACUACUACAACCGAUGGUUAUGGAUACUUAUGGCAAGGUAACAAAUGGCAAAGUUCUCCAGAUGGUGACAAAGGACAUGAUUUUACCUACUGGUCGCCUCUGUCAUUUGAUUGGGAUGGCAAUGUGAAAUAUAUGAAUUAUACUGCUAAUUUUACAAUUGAUGUAAUUCCUGAUUUUCACUAG